AUGGCGGGCGAUUGCAGCUGGAGCGUGCCGGGUUGGGGAGCGCCAUGGUGGCGCCCUCGCGCCCGGCUGGGACUGAGGCAGGCCUACGGUUGCAAGUUUCCGACUGCGGAGUUCCCAUCCCUCCCGGAGUCAUUCCGCGGGAAUGAGGGAAGUGUUGUCCUGGGGUGGCCUGUUGCGCCUUAUGCUCACGCACGCUUUGGAGAAUACAGGUCGGUAUCCGAAAAUUUCUCCAGAUUGUAUGGGGCUGAACAUCUCCUUCCCAGCCAUGGCUGCCAGAAGCUCAUUGUGGACGAUGAACGCAAACUUCGUACAUUUUAUGAGAAGCGAAUGGCCACAGAAGUUGCUGCUGACGCUCUGGGCGAAGAGUGGAAGGGUUACGUUGUCCGAAUCAGUGGUGGAAAUGACAAACAAGGUUUCCCCAUGAAACAGGGUGUCUUGACCCAUGGCCGUGUCCGCCUCCUACUGAGUAAGGGGCAUUCCUGUUAUAGACCAAGGAGAACUGGAGAAAGAAAGCGCAAAUCUGUUCGGGGUUGCAUUGUGGAUGCCAAUUUGAGUGUUCUCAACCUGGUUAUUGUAAAAAAAGGAGAGAAGGAUAUUCCUGGACUGACUGAUACAACUGUGCCUCGUCGCCUGGGGCCCAAAAGAGCUAGCAGAAUCCGCAAACUUUUCAAUCUCUCUAAAGAAGAUGAUGUCCGCCAGUAUGUUGUGAGAAAGCCCCUGAACAAAGAAGGUAAGAAACCCAGGACCAAAGCACCCAAGAUUCAGCGUCUUGUUACUCCACGUGUUCUGCAGCAUAAACGUCGGCGUAUUGCAUUGAAGAAACAGCGUACUAAGAAAAAUAAGGAAGAGGCCGCAGAAUAUGCUAAACUUUUGGCCAAGAGAAUGAAGGAGGCCAAAGAAAAACGCCAGGAACAGAUUGCCAAGAGACGUAGGCUGUCCUCACUGAGAGCAUCUACCUCCAAGUCUGAGUCCAGUCAAAAAUAAGAUUUUCUAAAAGUAACAAAUAAAUAAGAUCAGACAUUAAAUCUUC